AUGCAUUUGGCAAAGAAGCACAGGGAGGCCCUGAAGAAGUUGCAGGCCAACAACACGAAGGCAAUGAAUGCUCAGGCUGAGGCUGUCAAGGCCCCUGUAAAGCCCAAGCAGGCUAAGCCCAAGCCCCCAAAGGGUCCCAGCUCAGCAGACUUGCUUUCAUCACCCACCCCAAGUUUGUCUACCUACAUGACCAAGAGUCACAGGCUCUGCCAAACAAGAACCAAGGCCCAGACUGCAGCUCCAGCUAAGGCCCAGAUACAGGCUUUGCAGCUUUCACUCCAGUUCAGAAAUGCUCCCAGGCCCCUGUGA